ACAGGGGUAAUAAAAAGUUGGCUCAUAUAAUUUCACCUAUUUUUACAAAAUGGAAUAAUCUACAGAAUUAUUAAACACGACGGUUGAAGGAAAUCAGAAGACUAGCAUUUAGUACUGCCUACGCUGUUCGCUAGAUGCAUCUUUUGAAGAAACAGAGUGAACGUCUAGUAAAAAUAGAGCCAAAACACCAUGUACCACUACCUUAGAUUUGAAUUUUUUGUGAUUAGCCUUGCUGGCGUUGUGUGUUUACUCUAUUAUAGUAGUAAUUUGACAGAAAAUACCAACACUAACACUCUGCUUUUUAGAGCUCACAGCAACACCAUAAUUCCUGGCCCAAUAUCGUUCAAAGACUCAUACGUAGAAAAAGAAAAAAGAAAUACAUCCAGCUGGUGGAUAAUAAAACAGGAGGAAAUACAACGACAACGUUUAGCGUUAUUGAAAAAGGAAUGCAAGUCGACACAUUAUAAAAGGAACGCCCAUGUUCCAGUAAAAUUAUUUAUUGAACUCAGUCACAAUCUUAUGUACUGUCCUAUUCCUAAGAUUGCGUCUUCAAGUUGGAAGCAUAUGCUGUUAAUACUAGGUGGAUGUUUAAAUGCUGACGAACAAUUAGAACAACAUUUAAUGAGUAAACAUGCCCAAAAUUGUUUACCAAUGUUCACAUUUAAUGGUCUGUUUCAACAAAAUAAUGAAAUGGAUUCUUACAUAAAAUUCUUGUAUGUUCGUCAUCCGUUUUCACGAGUCCUUUCGGCAUUCAAAAAUAAAUUGGAUCCAAAAACUACGCUCAAGAAUGCUGGUUUUUGGCAGCGUAAGUUUGGAAUGAAUAUAAUUAGAAAAUAUAGGACAAAUAAAGAAUUUUAUCGAAUUAAAGCGAAUUUCAAAAGAAACUACAAUCUGAAGUUUGGAGAAUUUGUAAAAUACAUUGGUGAUCCUAAAGUGUCACGAAAUGUCUCAACUGAUAACCAUUGGAUUGAAGUGUUUAAUAAAUGUGAUCCAUGUUCUUUUCACUACAACUUCAUCGGUAAGAUGGAAACAAUGGCAGCAGAUACCGAUUAUUUAAUGAUGAUAUCAAAAAUAGACAAAGAGUUUGAGUUUCCAUCUUCAACAUUAAGCAGUCCGACUAAUAGCUCCGGAAGGGAUACCGUUGAAAGUUAUUAUAAAGAUCUCCCGGUGCAAGACCUAAAGAACUUGUACAAUCGAUAUAAACUAGAUUUUAAGCUGUUCGGCUAUCCCAAACCUGAUUUUGAAAAUGGAAACAUUAUAAGGUUUGGUACUUGAAAUAAUAUAUUUUAAAAAAUCAUAAAUAAACCGAGUUUAUAAUUAUCUGAGCAUUGCCAAAUUUGUAUGAAAUUUGAGUCUUAGUCUAAACAGCAAAGGUAAUAUUCACUCCAACGAAACUAACUUCUGCAAAUUCACUCUCACAGAACAACUAAACCCAGCAUUAUCCUGGGUUAGACCAUUCAUACCCAAAGUUGAAUCGCUGCUAUAGCUAAACACACUGCAAUACAAUUAUUAGUAAUUGCACUCAUUGCGUCGUACGACGGUGGGUACGACCGUUGUACGACCAAUCCAACUCCGUUAGACGGCGCUAAGCCGUCUGGCCGGCAGCGAGUGCCCGACUAGACUUGAUACAUGGACGGACGAUGAUGAUCAGAUUGACUAUCUGACAUAGUUUUAGCAAUAUCCUGACCGACCAGUUUUAUUCUGGGUCGGAGUUGCCCUGGGUUAGUUUUUCUGGACACACAGAUAGUGAACCUUUCCGGAGUGUCAAUCAAACUU